UCCCCCCCGAAUGUAAUCCGGAGAGCGGAGUUUACUUUCCCUUCUGUGUGUGAUGCAUUUCAUCCAUCCUCUCUCUCCCUCCCUCCUCUCUUUUUCCUCCUUUCACUCUCUCUUCCCCCACAUACACUCUCUCUCUCUCCCUCUUUCUCUCACUCUAAUGUGUGAUCUGGAAAGCUUAUAAAAGCCUGAUGUAAUUCUUAAUGCAGCCCCUGGCUACAAGGACCCCAUCGACAUUCACAGAGUAGCAAAAGAAGAAGGAAAAAAAAAGGAGAAGAAGAUCUCCGAGACAGGUGAAUACACAGCAGCGGAUCUUAGGAAAACAAACAUCUCUCCGGGAAGCCAAUUUUUUUGUGUUGUGGAAAGAGCUUCAUUGUACGGAGCUGACGGAGACUCUAGGGGGAUAGAAUCGUCUCUUUGGCUUUUCUUUAAACUGGGGAUUUGCACCUGAUGUCGUCCGUCACCCUUGGCUCUUUUUCUUCUUCAUCGUCUCGUUCUUGAUACCUCUUCAAUGUGAGGCACAGGCUGCCUUUGGGUUGGAGACUUUACACGGAUUGGUCAUUGUGGUGCUGAGGAUAUGGCUUGUACUGGGCGACUUACCUAAUACCUGGGAUUAGCUGGAGGAGAAGAAGAGGAAUUUUCAAGUAGGAGAGAAUCCAAGACUUCUCCGAGCGGACACUAGGGGUCGCCUGAGACAAGCAGACCAGGGCUGGAUUGAUUUUCCUCAAGCCUCAUAAAACCGCUGCGGCUCCUGCUCCACCUGUUAUGUCCGAGAUCUGGCCCCUGCCUGACAAUUACUGUGAAUUCCAGAGGAGCAGAGACCUAGGAUGAGGAGCCCUGGAUCCCCCCACAACUUGCUGCUCCUCACGUCUGCACUUUCCCUGCUCUCCCCGGCCACCUCCAGCCUUGACUUGGGACUCAAUUCUUGUACGACGCAAGUCCAAGGGGAAUUCUAUGGUUAUUUCUCUUCUUUGUCUCUCUUCCCUUUGAACAAUUCUUUGUGCGCCUGGAUUAUCCAGAACCCCGACCCUCGGAGAUACACCCUGUACGUGAAGGUAUCCAAGCCGGCGGGUAUAUGCGACCACCAGCAGAUCCGCACCUCGCAGUUUGACUCUUUCCUGGAGUCCACACGGACCUACUUGGGGAUGGAGAGUUUCGACGAUGUCUUGAAACUGUGCGACAGUUCGGUCCAGUACGCCUUCCUGCAGUCUAACAAGCAGUUCCUGCAGAUGAGACAGACCCUCCCCAGGAAAGAAGACCCCCAGCUGCAAUGGAAGACCUCCCAGCCGCAGGAGACGGAUUUCUCUCUGGAAUAUCUGGUCUUGGGGAACAGGAACCCCCGGAAAGCUGCCUGUCAGAUGCUGUGCAAAUGGCUGGACACCUGUCUGAGCAGCAGCAGCAGCUUCCACCCCUGUGGCAUCAUGCAGACCCCCUGCUCCUGCCAUGACGGGGACGUCCAAAGCAGCAGUGACCCCCUGGGGGCCAACAAGAAGAGGGGCGACUGCUACAAGGAUGGGAUUUACCUGGAAAACUGCAUGAGCAGCUCCAGUGCCGGAGAGUUCCAAGGUGGAUGGACGGCAUGGACCUCAUGGGGGGAUUGUAACAGAGACUGCGGGGGUGGGCUGCAGACAAGAACCAGGAGCUGUCAGUCUCUCCCUGAUGAAGGCCACAUCUGUGAAGGGGUUUUAGAAGAAGGUCGACUCUGCAACAGAAAGGCUUGUAACGCCAAUGGGCGAUACGAUUCCCGGAGCCAGUCUCUGAGAUCCAUUGACAAUAAAAAGAAGGACGAUGCAGAUGACCAGUACCAGUUUGGAUAUCCGGCCCCACAAAUAGGGGACCCAGCGGCUGAGGAGUGGUCGCCCUGGAGCGUGUGUUCCGCCACCUGUGGGGAAGGAAUGAAGUCGAGAACCAGAUUCUGCGUCUCGUCCUCGUACAGCACACAUUGCAGCGGACCCCUGAAGGAGCAUAAACCCUGCAACAACUCAGCCGUGUGCCCAGUACACGGGACCUGGGACGAGUGGUCACCUUGGAGUCUGUGCUCCUCAACGUGCGGAAGGGGCUUCCGGGAAAGAAUCCGGACCUGCAACCCACCCCAGUAUGGAGGGGAACAGUGCAAAGGACCAGAGAAACAGACCAAGUUCUGUAACAUCGCCCUGUGCCCAGUUGAUGGUAACUGGAAUGAGUGGUCCAGCUGGAGUGUUUGCUCUGCCACUUGCUCCAAUGGGACCCAGAAGAGGAUUCGGGAGUGCAAUGGGCCCUCGUACGGCGGCUCGGAGUGUCAAGGACAAUGGUCGGAUGUUAGAGACUGUUUCCUGACUCAGUGUCCAGUCGAUGGGAAGUGGCAGCCCUGGGGGCCGUGGGGCGGCUGCAGCACGACGUGUAACGGAGGGGCGCAGACCAGGGAGCGCACCUGCCACGGACCGUUUUUUGGAGGGGAGGCGUGCCUCGGCCAAUCAGAGGAGAGCAAGCCGUGUAACGAGAAGAAGUGUCCAGAGCCUCAUGAGAUUUGUCCUGAGGAAAAUUACGCUGCCGUCGUAUGGCAAGAAACCCCGGCGGACGACACGGCUGAGGUGCGGUGCCCUCGAAAUGCCACAGGAGUCAUUCUCCGAAAGUGCGUUCUGGACGAGGUGGGAGAGGCGUACUGGGAGGCUCCGACGUACAUCAAAUGCGUUUCCCUUGACUACAGGAAUAUUCAACAGAUGAUCAGGGAGCACCUCUCUAAGGCUCAGAGAGGGCAGAAGGGGGAAGGGGUUUCGGUGGUGCUGCAGACCCUGGUGGAUGCCACCCAAGAAGGCGCCAGCUAUAGUGGAGACGUCUUAUCCAUUGUGGACAGUCUGCGAAACAUGACCGACAUCUUCAGGCGGCCGUACCACAGCCCCACAUCCAACGACGUCCAGAACUUCGUGCAGAUCAUCAGCAACUUGUUGUCCGACGAGAACCGCGACAAGUGGGACGAGGCCCAGAUGAUCCUCUAAUCUCGGUGCCUGGUCCUUGAAAGGCUGUCGUACGGUCCCCGUGGAUUCAUUCCAUACUAAAUGCUCCUGUGAUCGCUUAUCAAGCUUCGCCAUUUUAUCCCAGCUCAGUUCAGACAUGAAUAUGGAAAAGGUUCUGGUGCCAUCGGUCACGCUGAUCGUGGGCUGCGGAGUCUCGUCCCUGACGCUUUUGCUUCUGAUCAUCAUCUACGUCUCUGUGUGGAGAUACAUUCGGUCGGAGCGCUCGGUCAUCCUGAUCAACUUCUGUUUGUCCAUCAUCUCUUCUAACGCCUUAAUACUUGUGGGGCAAACGCAAACCAGGAACAAGGUUAUCUGCACUCUGGUGGCCGCCUUCCUGCACUUCUUCUUUCUGUCCUCCUUCUGCUGGGUCCUGACAGAGGCAUGGCAGUCCUACAUGGCAGUGACCGGGCGACUGCGCAACAGGAUCAUCCGCAAACGAUUCCUCUGUCUCGGAUGGGGUCUUCCCGCUUUGGUCGUGGCGAUAUCUGUUGGUUUUACGAAGGCGAAGGGAUACGGAUCGGCCAACUAUUGCUGGUUGUCUCUGGAAGGAGGUCUCCUCUACGCCUUCGUGGGCCCGGCCGCUGCUGUUGUUUUGGUCAACAUGGUCAUUGGAAUUCUGGUGUUUAAUAAACUUGUUUCAAAAGACGGCAUUACCGACAAGAAGCUCAAGGAGCGGGCCGGUCAGAUGACAAUGCCCCUUUAUGGCAUGACCCUCAAAUGUUCCAAGUGUGGCGUAGUCUCCUCAGCAGAAGUAUCGGCCACAGCCACCAGUAACGCCAUCGCUCUUCAGUUGGAUAGUACAAACAAACAGAAACCUGUAGCUGAUGUGCAUACCAAGCCUAAUCGAUGCAGAAGGGCAUCAUUGUGGAGCUCGUGUGUUGUCCUACCCCUGUUGGCAUUGACAUGGAUGUCCGCGGUCCUCGCCAUCACAGACCGGCGCUCCGCCCUAUUUCAGAUCCUAUUCGCCGUUUUUGACUCGUUGGAAGGUUUUGUCAUUGUCAUGGUUCAUUGUAUCCUGAGAAGAGAGGUCCAAGAUGCCGUGAAGUGCCGUGUCGUUGACCGACAAGAAGAAGGCAACGGGGACUCUGGAGGUUCCUUUCAGAAUGGGCAUGCUCAGUUAAUGCUCGAAGAAGCCAACAACCCGUACAUCUGCACUGCUAUGGUGGGACUGAAAGAUAAAAAGUCUGACUUCGAGAAGGACGUGGAUUUGGCGUGUCGCUCCGCUCUGAACAAGGACCUCUCGGCCUGCAGAACAUCCACCAUCACAGGAACUCUGAAGCGGCCAUCUUUGCAAGAUGAAGAGAAGAUGAAGAUGAACCAUCAAAAGGGAUCAAAUUUUAAUAGUCUUCCAGCUAAUGUGUCCAAAAUGCACCUGCAAGGAUCGCCACACUAUCUGGGAGGCAUCAACCUCAAUGAGUAUAACAAUCACACCCUUACCCUAAAAAAGGACAAGAACCAGCCCCCUAAGCCUGUAUACAUGUGUGAGGGGGACAUAUUCAAAAAGCUGGACUCAGAGCUGACCCGAGCACAGGAGCAGUCCAUGGACACCAGUUAUGUUAUUUUGCCCAAUAAUACGGCCACACUUAGGGCAAAACCGAAAGAGGACAAUAAGUAUAGUAUGAACAUCGACCAGAUGCCACAGACCAGGCUCAUACAUCUCAACAUGGCCGACCCCACCUACAUGGUGAAGAGCCCCCCAAGGGAACGCCUGGGCAUGAAAUGUAUUGAGCAGGGGUCACCCAUGCAGAAGCAGCAGCUCCACCCCAGCGAAUCACAAAUACCAAUGGGCCUCUGUGAAAAGGCGGAGCUGGGAACAACGGGGAUGGUCCCAAAAAGUGAGAUCUCCACACUGUCAAUGAGCUCCUUAGAGAGAAGAAAAUCCCGGUAUGCAGAAUUAGACUUUGAGAAAAUUAUGCACACCAGAAAACGCCACCAGGAUAUGUUCCAAGACUUGAAUCGAAAGCUCCAACAUUCGGAGAAAGAAAAGGAAUCACCCACAGCGGAGAGUAAGAUAGAAAAACAACAGACGCCUAGCAAGAGGUCUUGGGAAGGAAUGAGGAAGAUUCAGUCGCCACCAUCUUGGGUUAAAAAGGACAUGGAGCCUGUGUCGCCUUCUCCCUUAGAACUAAAGACUGUGGAAUGGGAGAAAACGGGCGCAACGAUACCCCUUGUUGGACAAGACAUAAUUGACCUUCAGACCGAGGUCUGAAGCUCGAGAAAAAGACUUCUUUUUAUUUUUAAAGAAUAUGAUUCCAUAUAAAACGGAGAGCUGUUUGGUUUCUUUUGAAACCUUGUUAAAGUACUUUUUUGCAUUGUUCUCAGAAGGGAAAAUUCCGUUAGACUCUUAGAGGUAGGCGCAACGUGCUCUCUCUCCCAGGUGUGGCCGGAAACAAAGAUGGUGUCGUAGGUGAGAGGUCAGACCGAUUAUUGUAAGCGAAUGGAAAUCAACUUCUAAAAGAGUCAUCGACCUUCAAGUGGAGAUUACGCUGAGGAAUCCUUGAGGUCGGCCGGCGAUUCUUCUCAAUGACACUUAAGACGAAACGUAAUAGUUCCGAUAGAUGAUUAACAAUUAUAUAGUACUCUGGUGUAUUAUAUAAGAGCUCCGGGGGCCGGCUGUUAUAGGAUCAGACCUAAUUCUUCAGUGAUGUUAUACCUUGCUUGAUAUCUCCAUUUUAGUAUUGUUUAGGUUCAAUCCGACAAUGUCUGCCAGAGCUGGCCCAGCACAGUGGACAGUAGCCAAAGCAAAUCCCGGUCAAUCUUGACUAGUUUGAGUAGAUAGAACCAAAUGAAAUUAAUCCCCAUAAAGCAAGUGAAGAUUAUAUAUUGAGUGGAAGUCCUUGACUGUUACAGAAAACCCUAUUAAAGGGGUAUUCCACUGCCCCAGUGACCGGAACAUCUAGUUCCGAAUGCUGGGUACGGGUGACGUCACACCAUGCCCCCUCAAUGCAAGUCUAUGGGAGGGGGCGUGACGUCAGUCACGCCCCCUCCCAUAGACUUGCAUUGAGGGGGCAUGGCCGUGACAAAACGACCCCCACACCCAGCGCUCUGAACUAAACUUUCCGGACGCUGGGGCAGUGAACUACCCCUUUAAAAUCCCUUCUGAUCCCCCCCGUCUCCAUCUUCUGCUCAGUCAAGCAGGCAUUUUGGUAUAUGAAGAGAAAUGUUAAUAUAUCUAGUUUUGUAAAAUGGCUUGUGGGACUUGAUAGACUGCAUAGAAACAUUAGCUAUGAAGAUCCAAUAAAGUGUUCCCAAACUUUA